AUGGUUUUUACAUAUAAAGAAGCUGUUGACAAGCUUAAUUCUUUACAGUCCAAUGCAGCGGUACUUGAGCAACUACGUAAAGCAGGACCUAGAAUGAACGAACGUAGUCUGCCAGAGAUGAGGGAGUACUUCAAACGUAUCGGAUACGAGCCUCAAGACUUUGAUAAACUUAACCUCAUCCACGUCACUGGAACAAAAGGCAAAGGAUCUACCUGUGCACUAGUUCAAUCUGUAUUACAUAAUUAUGAUCCAUCUAUCAAGACCGGUCUGUUCACCUCACCUCACUUGGUUGCUGUUAGAGAACGUAUAAGGAUUAAUGGAAAACCGAUCAGCGAAGAACUGUUUGCCAAGUAUUUCCAUGACGUAUGGGAUCGAUUGGAGGCAACAAAAGAAGAGGCUAUCAGAGCCAUGGAUCUACCAGAAGCUGAUAAAAGAGAGAUGAUCAAGAAUACAAGACAGCACCCUGAUAAGCCUGUUUACUUUAGAUAUUUGACACUAGUCGCCUUUCAUACGUUUAUGCAAGAAAAGGUGGAUUGUGCUAUAUUAGAAGUAGGCGUUGGUGGGGAAUAUGAUUCGACAAAUAUUAUUGAGAAGCCAGUUGUCUGUGGUAUAACUGCCCUAGGGUUAGAUCACGUAUCAGUACUGGGAAAUACAAUUGACCAGAUCGCAUGGCAUAAAGCUGGUAUCAUAAAGCCACAAGUGCCCGUGUUUGCUUUUGAACAAUUACCUGAAGCUAUGGAAGUGAUAAAACAAAGAGCAGAAGAGAAGAAGGCACCGUUGACGGUCUUGCACGCAGAUCAAAUUUCUUGUCUGAAUGGUCUCGCAGGCGAACAUCAAAAAUAUAACGCAUUAACAGCAAUUGAACUCUGUAAAACAUGGUUAAAAUCCGUUCGAGGAAUAGUACUUGAUGAAACCGUUCCUGAAGGCUUUAAGAAAGGAUUAAAAAAUGUCACAUGGCCAGGUCGAGGUCAGCAAUUGCAUAUUGGCAAUACAAAAUACGCUUCGAAUGAUACAAAUGUUACUUGGUAUCUUGAUGGGGCGCAUACAGUAGAGAGCUUGGGUGUCUGUGCUUCAUGGUUUCAACAGACAAUCCAACAAAAGGAAGGCCAUCGGAUCUUGGUAUUUAAUUGUACACAUGGCCGUGAUAGCCACAAACUACUUCGAGUGAUAUCUGAUAUUCAGCCCUCUGUACAUUUUGAUGAUGUUAUAUUUACAACAAACAUCACAUUUAAACAAGGUUACAGUACAGAUAAUACUAAUUACACCGUUUCUACAGAAGAGAUAACCUCUGUACAGCAAGCACUAGCCAAGAGUUGGAUAGAGCAAAACCCUACAUUCCCAAAAGAUAAGGUUCAUAUAGUUCAUACAAUUGAGGAAGCGAUUGAAUUAUCUAUUGAUCGAUCAAAGCAAGUGACAAAACCUAUCCAAGUCCUUACGACAGGUAGUUUGAUCAUGGUGGGUAAUACCCUGACUGUGCUUGGAUUUGAACCUCAAUGA